AUGCUCAGUCCCUCGAAAUUCCCAGAGGGAAGCUGGAGGGCAGGAGAAGCUGAGUCCUGGUUACGCCACCCGAGUCACCUUCCACGCACCAGCAGCUGUGAAGCGCAUAGUGCUGCUUCCGUCAACUUGGUGGACUCGGCUGGAUUCCGGCAAUGGAGGAUGCUCUUGUCGCCCAGAUCUGUCGCUGUGGUUCCGUUUCGAGCGCUUCAAGGUGCCCAACUCACGCGGCAAGUCACGGCCUCCGCAGACCGCGCCGGAGCCGCCUCACAGGAGACCUGUGCCGCACUUUGUCGCGAGCUUCUGGACCUGGCCACGUGUGGCUCCGUCGUUGCCGCAGAGCGCCGGCUCCAUCGCUUCGCACCUUCGCUUCUUCUGGGCCCUGCCGAAGGCGCCAUGUUCGCAGCAGCUGCGCUGCCUUCGCGGUUCCAUGGCGCGGCGUUCCGCAGCCUUCUGCUCGCGGCGAUCAACGCCAACGACAGGUGGGAGUGGUUCAUGGACCGGGCGGUCGUCCUUUGGGCAGAUCGGGACACUUUGGGUCCUCCGAUCGAGCUCGAGGGGGCUGACUCGGUUCCGCUCCCAGGGGAGGGCUUCCGCGCCCGCACCACCUCCUUCGCCGGUGGAACGGUGGGAGAAAAUAUCCCGCCGAGCCGUCAACUUCGUGAGGCGAUCACGGACCUGCCGGGUGUCUUUACAUGGGCCGGGGUCACAGGAGGGCUGGAGAGGCCAGCCUGGGAUGCCAUGGCACAGGCCUUGAAGGUGCCAGGGCCCAACGAUGCCGACGGCAACCCCGGACCGCCUCGAAAUCUCACUCUGCUGGAGAAAGUGGCUCCCGACUCGCCUGGUGGAACCGGGCCUCCGACACCGUCGCCUGCGCCGGGUCCUGGCCCAAGCACUGGAGGCUCCCCUUCUGGGGCCCGCAAACUCAAGUUGUCUUCGGUCCUCGACCCGACCUUGGACGCGGAGGUCACCCCUUUGGGCCAGGCAGAGGUGCAGCAGCUCUACCAGGACGAUAAGACGAAGUUCGGCGACCAUCCCAGCCCGGAGGCCGACCCCUCAUCGGACCAACUCGCCUCGCUGCGUCAGGUGGUCACGGCUGGGUCAGCUCUCUAUGCUGAUUUCUCGCUGUUCGGGCCCCAUGGCCUGCGGCUCCUCCGAAAGCAGACGUUCACGUCUUACACGCUGAACGUGGCCACGGGGGAAUGGUCCAAGAAGGAGCAGCCGGGACCCGCAUCGUACCAUGCUUGGGUCGAGGCCUGGAAGGUCCUGAGGACCGCCCUCCUGUUGCUGGAGGUUGCGGACGCCGAGCGCUUGGAUGCCUACGCGGAGCACGUCCGCAGCUUCGUCACCCAGUUCGGGGACACGGCGUGGUGGCUGGUUUACCGGGCAGAGAACCGGAUGAGGUGCGAGCACAUGGAGAGAAUCCGGCGUGUGCUUCAUGACCGGCCAGACCACGGCUACACCGCUGCCCGCCCGUGGAACGCAGCUUUCGCCGCAGCUGUGAAAGACGGGAUCAGGGAGCGGAACCCCGACCGUCGGCACGCUGGGUCAGGGGAAGGCCGUGGCGGCGACGACGAGCCGGCCAAGAAGAAAGCCCGGGCAGGCAAGAAGAAGUACGAGGGGGAGAACCUGUCCGAGAAGAAGGGGGGCGUCUUCGUGAAGAACCGCAGGGGAUCAACCAUAUGCGAGGGCUACAACAAGGGCAAGUGCGGGAGCAAGAAACCGCAAAGCAAGUGCAAGAACUCGCACUCGCAUCAGUGCAACCUUUGCUUGGGAGGAUCGGUGCCAGCAGACCCACCGGGCACUACACAUGGAGGCGGCUUUGCAGCAUCGAAGCCCAAGAAGUACCCUUUGGGCAAGCCGGCGGCGGCCAGCACACCCCAGGAGCUCGCGGACAAGACCUGCGCUUCGAAGGCGGCUGGCCCCGCACCUGGAGGCCAAGCAGCGCCCAAAACGCCGCCAAGGCCUCCCCUCAAGAGAAAGAGGCAAGAUGGCCCCAAGCCCCGCGACGACCCGCCGGACACGGGGGCGGCCACAGAACCAGCCACGUCCUCAGCGGAGGCACGGCCAGCCGAUGGACCUGGAGCCACGACCCCACCAAGGGCACGGCCGGGCGAAGGCAAGAAGAGGAAGAAGAAGGAGACGAGCCGAAGCACGCGAAGCCUCAAAAGCCUGCUGCAGAUACCGCCUGCGGCCGGCGCUCUUCCUGACUACCAGCCCUUGGCCUGGGGACCUCGUGAGUAUGGAACCUGGCUGGAGAUACCCUCGGACACCUUUGAGGAACGGCACUGGGCCCUUGUGCUCUUCAGCGGCAGGCGCCGCAAGGGGGACCUCCCCAACUGGCUGGUUCACUUUGGUUUCAUGGUCUGCUGUAUCGAUCUGGUGGCCGACCACCCUUGCAACGCCCUGGACGAGGCACAAUGGACCCCCCUGGAGAAGGAUGUCAACGAUGGUCACUUUGAGGUGGUUUGGGCCGGCACGCCUUGUGGCACGUUCAGCCCGCUACGCGAAGUGAGGCCGGGGCCCAGACCUCUGCGAUCGGUGGAGGAGAUCGAGGGCAUUUCAGGCCUGGGACCUCGGGAAAAGAACCAGGUCAGAGAAGCCAACGUCCUCGUCGAGCGCACCUUCGACAUUCUGUCAUUGGCGUGGGACGAGCGCAAGACCUGGGGAACCCCGUCCACGGCAGCGACAGGCAGUGUUCGACCACUGUCGGUUCGGCGGGCCACUGUCAAGCCCACCAAGGUUCUCUACAGUGCGCGCGCCAAGGGGUUCGAUGAGCUCCGCGGGCUCCGUUGCGACCAUCCUCGCGGCACUCAUGGCACAGUUGCCGGCCAGAGGGAGCAGGGAGCAUCCGGCGCGCAGUGGGCUUCGAAGAGGCAGGGCGAGUACACGCCGCAUUUUGCGCAGGAGGAGCUGACCGCCUUCCCGAAGGACAAGACGGACCGCGAGCGGGAGAACGCCGAGGCGCUGGGCGGCAUGCGCAACCCGCGCGCUGCACUCAGCCGGCUCCCGAAAUCACGCCGGGUGGGCAGGGCGAUCCACAAGCUCCUGCGCCACACCUUGGCGAAGUGGCCAGAGCUCGUCGAGCCAGCCAGGGCUAUCCUUCGAGGAGAGGAGCCGAGCGACUUCGACACGGCCACCGUUGACUCGGUCAGGUCCGCCGUCCACACCGUCCUGGGCACGAGCGGCAAAGUGAAAGACCCAGACGCGGCCACCCUCGCCAACUGGUUGGACAACGGGGCACCCCUAGGGAUCUCCCAGGCGAUUCCCAGCCGAGGAUGGUCGAACUACCAGUCAGCUGAGGAAGAAGCGGAGACCUUAGAGGAGGCAGAGGAGGUUUUGGGUGGAAAGCCGGUCCUCAACAAGCUGGGUGUUCUGGUGAAGGAGAAGCGAGAUGCCCACGGCAAGGUGGUGAAGAAGGCAAGGGUCAUUUGGGACCUCCGGGAGUCCUCUGUCAACAAGGCCUGCCACCAAGGGGAGAGGAUUAUACUCCCGCGCCUUUUGGACGUCGUGGCCUCGGCGCUGGCUUCCUAUCGGCGAGGCCGACCUCCCUACCUUGCAGGCGUUGACAUCAAGGACGCCUUCAUGAACAUACCUGCGCGGGCAGACCGACGCUUCACCGUCGCAGCCGUCCCGGGUUCAAGGAACCGGCCUGGCAAGAGACACCGCCUCAUCAUCUUCAACACCUUGGUGUCUGGGUCGGCCUCUUCGCCCGCCAUCUGGGGCAGGGCCGCCGCGUGGCUUGGGCGCACGUCCGCCGCGGUUUCCCCAGCCGAUCUGCAAUGCUACGUGGACGACCCCAUCUAUGUCCUGGAGGGUCCUUCUGCAGAAGCAGCGGCCGGGGACCUGUCGGUGAUUCUCCUUUGGUGCCUGGACGCCGAGGAGGCGGUCGUGGUUACCCUGCCGGAGGCCAAAAUACAGGCCCUCCUCGCGGACACCAUCAGGUUUCUAUCAAAGCCGGUGGCAGGAGCUCGGGAGCUCAGGUCCUACACGGGAGCACUCUCGUUCGUGGCGGGGCUGGUCCCGCAUCUGAGGCCAUUCCUGGCUUGGUUCUGGUCGGUGGCCCGAAAGCUCAUACACGUCCGACGGAUCAGACCAGCGCUGCGCUGGGUUAGGGCCCUUUUGUCUGGCGGCCCCACCAUCGAGAAGAUCUUCUACGCCCGCCCGCCGAGGACUGACUUGGAGAUCGUCACCGACGCCUGCCCCUGGGGCAUCGGAGGAGUGAGGCGGCAUUCGGGAAAGCCGACGGGCUAUUUCUACAGCCACCUCCCGGACGGCGUCCUCAAGAAGUUCGGGGCAGAGCGCGGCCUCCCGAAACACAACACAUUGUGGGAGGGCCUUGCGCUACUGGUGGCGUUUAGGCUUUGGCUGCCUGCGCUGGUGCAUGGCGCCCUCUUUCGGGCGAAGUCCGACAACCUCGGCUUCCUGAAGGCCUUGGCCAAAGGGAGCGCGAAAGCUCCCGACCUCAACGUCCUGGCCCGCGAGUUCGCCUACGACCAAGCAGUCAGAGCCUACCAGGUGAAGGGGCUCGUGCAUAUUCCGGGCGUGACCAACAUCCAGGCGGACGCUCUUUCCCGCCAAUUCGCCCCGGAAGCGAAACGCUUCCCUGCGGAACUUUUGGAGGUUCCUCGUGAUGAGGUCCUCAUCGAAGAGCACUUCUGGAAAGUGUGA